AUGGAGGGUGAGAUCGGUGCAGAUGGUGACGGCAAGGUCACUGCCAAGACCUCUGUCAAGAAGACUGCAAGAGGCAAGAAGGCGAAGGCCAAUGACGAAGGUAACGACGUCGAAGACAAGCCAAAACCUAAAGCCAAGACCAAGACCAAGACCGCAAAGAUCGAGCCACCCCGCGCAGAGCGUACCAAAGACAUUAAGCAUCGAAUCGGCGCCCAUGUCAGCAUUGCCGGAGGUGUGCACAAUUCCAUCGUUAAUAUGGUAUACAUUGGGGCUAACGCCUUCGCACUGUUCAUGAAGAACCAGCGUAAAUGGGAGUCUGCUGCUAUGGAUCCAGAACAUGCCAAGUUGUUUAUUCAGGGGUGCAAAGACCAUAACAUCAACGCUGCGGAUUGUUGUCUGCCUCAUGGUUCUUACCUGGUCAAUCUUGCUCACCCCGACCCUGUCCGCAAGAAGCAGGCCUACGACUCCUUCUUGGAUGACUUGACUCGUUGCCAUGCGCUUGGUAUCAGGCUCUACAACUUCCACCCUGGUAAUGCAAAUGCGACUACUCGCGAGGAGGGCAUUCGAAUCAUCGCCGAGAACCUCAACCGGGCGCAUGCGGAUCCAACAACUGGUAAGGUCGUCACCGUACUUGAGACCAUGGCAUCUCUCGGUAAUACCAUCGGCGGCACGUUCGCCGACCUCGCUGCCAUCAUCAAUCUCGUCAAUGACAAGAGCCGUGUCGGUGUUUGUUUAGACACCUGUCAUGUCUUCGCUGCUGGCUAUGAUCUACGCUCGCCCGAAGCUUACGCCGAGACUAUUGAGAAGUUCGAUAAGGAGAUUGGGCUAGAGUAUCUUAAAGCCUUCCACGUCAACGAUAGUAAGGCUCCAUUGGCAAGUUACCGUGAUAUGCACGCCCGUAUUGGAACCGGAUACUUGGGUCUUCAGGCGUUCCACAACCUGAUGAACGAUGAGCGGUUCUAUGGUCUUCCUAUGGUCCUUGAGACACCCAUCGACACCAUUGACGAGAACGGCAAGAAGGUUGACGACAAGGGCAUUGAUGCCCGUGAGAUCAAAUUGCUUGAGAGUCUCGUUGGCAUGGAAAACAAAUCAGACGACUUCAAAGCGCUCAGUGCGCGUCUCCAAGAUGAGGGUGCAUCCGAGCGCGUGCGCGUUGGUGAUCAAGUGCAGAGGAAGACAAUCAAGGAUGCUAAGCCGAAGAAGAAGCGCGCUGCCAAGAAGAAGGCCGAGGGUGAGGAUGAUGAGGACAUGGAGGAAUAG